AGAGGCAACAUUGUUACAAGGCUAUAGAGAGGGUGAAGUCAUUCAAAACUUCAAAUUUUAGUUUCAGCAAAAUGCCAAUGGAGGAGGGAGAUGUAUGCUUUGCACACCUUAGAAGCAAGCUGCAAGCUUGUCUUGAUAGAAACUGUCAUUUGGAGAAGGAGAACAAAGCACUUCGACAAGAAAUCCUCCACUUAAAAGGCCAAAUCACUAAGCUACAAGCCCAGGAUGCCGAUAAAUCUAUGAUAUGGAAGAAGCAACAAAAUCACAUCAACAAAAACAGUCCAUCACAGGAAAAGCAACUUGUUCAAAUCGACAAUGUGGAGGAAGGAUUGGGGGUUGAUAAUUCACUGACUAGGCGGGAAAUCUUCUGUUCAGCAAUUAAGGCAAGAUCACCAAGGGUGCCAAGGCCACCACCAAGGCCUACCACUUGUUUGCAAUUGGCACCAAAACUAACUGGAAAGGAAUCACAGUUGCCAUCUCCAUUGAUGCCACCACCACCUCCCCCUCUUCCAUCAAAUCUGCAAAGAAGAUCCAGCAAUUCAUUGAGAAAAGUACCAGAAGUAGCAGAAUCAAAGUUACCUCCGUCACCACCACCACCACCACCACCACUCCCAUCAAAGCUGCAAGUCAGAGCCAGCAGUUCAGUGAGAAGAGCACCAGAAGUAGUGGAAUUCUAUCAUUCAAUAACUAGAAGGGAUGGGAAACCAGAAACAAAGACAGGCAUUGCAGGAACACAAGUAACUUCAAAUGCGCGGGAAAUGAUUGGAGAAAUUGAGAAUCGGUCGGCAUAUCUCCUAGCUAUAAAAUCAGAUGUUGAAACCCAAGGUGAGUUCAUCAACUUCUUGAUAAAGGAAGUACAGAAUGCAACAUAUACGGAGAUCUCUGAUGUGGAGGCAUUCGUCAAGUGGCUGGAUGAGGAACUGUCUUAUUUGGUAGAUGAGAGGGCAGUGCUCAAGCACUUUCCCCAGUGGCCUGAGCAGAAAGCAGAUGCAAUGAGAGAAGCAGCCUUUGGCUACCGAGAUCUAAAGAAUCUUGGAUCUGAGGUCUCGUCCUUCUCUGAUGAUAUGCGCCAACCCACGGGUGUUGCCCUCAAGCGAAUUCGGGCAUUGCAAGAAAAAUUGGAAUGUAGUGUUCACAACCUUGAGAGAGUCAGGGAUAACGCAAGCAAGAGGUACAAAGAAUUCCAGAUCCCCUGGGAAUGGAUGCUUGACACAGGCAUCAUCGCACAGUUAAAAUCAGGCUCCAUGAGGCUUGCUAAAAAAUAUAUGAAGCGGGUAAUUACUGCACUGCAAUCAUAUGCAUCCUCAGAGGAUGAGGAGCUGAUGCUUCAAGGAGUUAGAUUUGCUUUCCGGGUACACCAGUUCGUCGGUGGGUUCGAUGAGGAGAGCAGGAACGCAUUUCAAGAAUUGAGGAAGUUAGCCAGCAGUAUUUAUUCCUAAAAAAAAAAAAACUUGGAGCCUACUGAAGGUCGGCACUGAAAUAUAUAAAUUUCUUUAAGCAAGGACCAGUUGAAACAGUAUAAGCUCUAUAAAUUUAAUGAUGGAGCAAAACGCGCAUUGCUAAAGUUUCCUUAAGUGUUUAAAUAGAUAUUCUUAUUGCUAGUUUGCAAUUUUCUUAUAACAUAAACAGAACAAAAGGAGAUAAUUCCUCGAGAUAUUUAAUAUUUAUGAAGUGUUACACAAAUUAUCACAUUGUCAGAUUCAUAUAUAUGAACCCAUUGUCAUGCUCAAAUACUAUUUGUUCAGUAACUUUAUACUCCAACCACAGAAAGAAAUGCACUAGGAAAUCAAAUUUGUAAUUUUCUACAUUUCACCAUUAUUAUGACAUCUUAGUUCAUCAUCACCAACCAAUAGCAUAUCUUUAAAACUCAAUUAUGAAAUCCUAGCAGGAAAUCCAAUCAAAAUGUCAUUCUUCAAGCACAAAUUUGCCCCUUUUCUACAAGCAUUACCAAUUACAUCAGUACACAACCACAAUGGAAAAGUCUCAAAUAUUUUAUAAUCACAGAUAGAAGGCUGCAUGGACUGCUUACUUCUGCCACACAUUCUGAGCUAUUCCUUAAAUCCUUGCAUCUUGCUUUGACACUCAGAUUAUUUCUCAUGUGGAAUAAUAUGUUUCAUCUGGCACUUUCACCAAUCAAAAGUGAAACUCACCAAAAUGGGCAUUACAAAACUUGAAAUUAAAAUCUAUCUAAAUAUCACAUUCCAGUUCUUCAUGCUACCAAUCUGAACGAGCAACACUACCAAACAGGCAAACAACAACCAAUUCAUCCAAUUAAAACUUCAAAUCCCAUGAAUCCGAAUCCUUAGUCUAAAUAAAAUAUGUAAAGAUAAAGAUCCGACA